GUACACUAGCUUGGUGGUCUCCAACUUGUCUCGGAGUGUAAUAUUUUAAGUAGAGUUGCCAGCCAUGGCAGUGUAGAAACAAAAAGGAUGUAUUCUAUUCAUUGAUCAUACCCCGUUCCUGUGCAGAAGGUUCAUAAUGAUGAACCGGGUACAACCAGAAAAUGUGCACUCCACCAUAUUUACUCCUCGAGAGUACCAGGUGGAGUUGGUGGAUGCUUGCCUACGACGAAACACUCUCACUGUAUUGGCCUCUCGCUCCACUCGGACAUUCCUCAUCACCAUGGUAACUCGAGAGUUGGCUCACCUCACUCGAAGCAAGGAGCAAGGAGGCAGGGGGCAACGAACCUUGAUCACCGGGUGGUCAGGACCGGGCCUUGUUCGUGCAGGGGAAGCCAUUCAGCAGAACACCAACCUCAAUGUCACCACCUACACCACACUUGACCAUGUAGACAAUUGGCUGCCAUCUCGCUGGAGUCAGGCUUUCAGAGAAGCUCAAGUGUUAAUAAUGACAGUGGAUGUGCUAGAGCAAGGACUGCAAGCAGGGGUGUUGCCACUGGACAUGCUCAACCUUCUUGUCAUUACUGAUGCUCACCGAAUGGCGACUUCUUCUACAAUUGUUAAGGUUCUGAUUAGAUGUGGAAAUUGCCGAAUCCUAGGCAUGACUUCUCCUGUGUUGAGUCAUGCCUGCUCUCCCCCCCAGCUUGAGUCCUUCCUUAAUCACCUUCAGAAAGCUUCCUCUUGUAGAGUUGAUACUGCCUCAGAAAUAGUCACUGUACUAAGGUAUGUAAAUAAACCUGUUGAGAAAAUUGUGAUGUGUUGUGAUCCCUCUCCUGAUGAGCGGUCGGAGGUAGAGCUGGAGGUGCGUCGUCUAGUCGAGGAUGCUCUCAGCUUUCUCAAUGACCAUCGCUAUGAUCUUGUGGAAGUUUAUGGUCCUGAGUAUCAGGAGUUCUGUGAUGGAUUACCUGAUCCUAAUAAUGAACCAAGGCAGAUCCUGAUGGACUUCCUAGAUGUGCUCAAUAAUUUAGGGCUGUGGUGUGCUGACAGAGCAGCUUUAUAUGCUUUAGUUGAAGUGGAGAAGUUAAAGAAGAAGACUGCAUAUGAUCGCCACUACCUCUUGCUCUGCAUGAUCUUCACAGUUAUGGCACGGAUAAGGGCUGUGGUAGAACAAGCAUUUGAUAAGUAUACAGAAUUGGAUCAAAUCUUGAAAUUCUCGACCCCAAAGGUCUUACGCUUAGUUGAAAUCCUUCGUCAGGUGCGGCCACUUAAUUUCAUAGAUCCACGUAAGAGAAGAGAUAAAUUGGAAAAUAAUGAAAUAACCAAAACUGAAUCUGCGGUAGAUGGAGUUGAAGACAUGCCCGUUGAACCUGUAGUAGAAACUAAAGCCGCCUCUGAGACCUCAUUGGGACUUGGGAAUGAGAUGCAAAAUUUAAGUGUAGAGGCCAAAUCUAACUUAGCUGGUGAGACCUCAUUGGAAACAUUGCCCAGUAGGAAGGUGGUGGAAGAAGAACACAGAGAUGACAUAUCAGUAGACAAAGAUACAGAUAGUAAUGCUGAGUCAAGUUCAGAUGAAUCGUGUUAUGGAACCCCUCCCUCGGUUUUUCAAAAUUCCAAUUGUUCUUUUGCUGAAAAUAUGAAAACUGGCAGUAGAUUAGUCAAUGAAAUUCUAUGUAAGACAGUUCCUAAAUCAUCUAGUAGAGAUAAUGAGAUACAUGAUUGCUUUAUUAGUGAGAGUGUGUGUGUAUCAUCAUCUGAUGAAUUUCGUUUGUCGGGUUCAGUUGCCGAUGAUUCUAGUGUUACAUCAGGACUACUUAAACAGGAAGCAGGUGAGGAGAUGGACAUAUGUGAAAAAUCCCCCAGUAAUGUUGUUCGUUGUUCCACCAUCGAAGACUUGAGUGAAGAUGAUGAUGUGUCAGUGGCUGGAGGAUCAUGUGCACCUUCCUCCAAAUUAAUUCCAGAAUGUACAAUCAAGGCUGUGUCUGAAUCAUGUAUAAAUAAUUUGGAAUGUUGUACUAGUGAUAUAAUUACUAAUGAUUGCAAGAUACCUCAGUCGGGAUCAUUGAAAGAAAGAAGCACCACAAAGGGACUCAACAAAGAUGUCAGAAAUGUUCAUUUACAAAAUGGUAUUGAAGAAGUAAAAGGUCAUUUACUGAAUGGGGACUCUGUUUGUAUUGAUGGUAUGCAAAGUACAGUACAAAAGGAUCCUGAUACUACACAAACCUGUUGCAAUAUAUGUGAAGCUAUAGACAAUAAGGAAAGUGAAGGUGGGUCAGUCUUAGAAGACGAUUUAUUUAGGCUUAAUAUUAAGGAAUCAUCUUGUAUAGAUGGCUGUGAACUAGAAACUUUAUUGAGCUGUGAUCUACAUAAUGGACCUUUGAGUGCCAAAAGUGAACUACAAAAUGCUGCCAAGAUACAAAAUAUUAAAAAUGCAAUGUUAUGCAAUGGUUUUGCACAUGGCAGUCAUAACACUUUGCCAUCUCCCAGAAUCUCAGAGAAAAAUGUUGGAAGUAAAAUGAAUGGACACAUUGACCCUGAUGAGCUGAGCUUGAAUUGUAAAGAUCCAAGUGAUAGAGAGUGUGUAGCAGAGGCAGAUAAUGAAAGCUGUGACUCAGUACAAAUCCAGUUUUGCAUGGAAUCUUGCCAAGACCAAGACUCCAUUGCUGAAACUUCUGCUCCCCUUGCUACCUCUGAGCUGCCUUGUGAGGCAGUUGCUGCUGAUGCUACUCAUGUCGAUAUCACAACAAAUUCUCAUAAUGAAGCAAGGAUUGAAGAAAGUAUUGAUCAAGUGAAUUCUUCAGACAACUCACAAGAAAAUAGUGUUUCAGAGGAAUCAAAAAUAACAACACCAAAAACAUCCACAGCAAGUGUAACAGACUUAACAGCCACCUCUGGAGCUGGACUGAAUUCAAGUAAUGAAAUGGAUGAACCUGGUUCUUCCCCUCAAGUGGUUUCAUCCGAGGCAGUGGCCAUGGCUGACACUCUGGCAUUGCUGCUACCUAGUGGUGGCAAAGGACGUAAACGGCGCGAUGAUGUGAAGGAGAAGGUUAAGGUGCACAACCCUGAGGAUCCUGACUCUGUGUGUGGACUCAUAUUUGUGCAUCACCGCAACAUGGCCAAGAUUAUAUACAGACUCCUGAAGGAACUGAGUGAUAUAGGUGGAGACUAUGCUUGGAUCUUCCCCCAGUAUACUGUUGAAGCCAAGGAGAGUGUUAAGGAUGAUCCAAGGGCUGCUGAAGCUGAACAUAAGAAGCAAGAGGAGGUACUCAGACGAUUUCGUCACCACGAGUGCAAUGUUCUGGUAUCCACACGUGUGCUUGAAGAAGGAAUUGAUGUUCCUCAGUGUAAUCUUGUUUUAAGGUUUGAUCCUCCUACUGAUUACCGGUCAUACGUGCACAGCUGUGGUCGAGCUCGAGGCCAGGACACUUUCUACUUUCACUUGAUAGCCAAGAAGCAGGAGCAGAGUUUCCUCUGUGAUAUGGCAUCAUAUUCUGCCUUUCAACAGGUGUUGGUAAGUCGGUGUGGCAGCGUUGAAGUGGGCACAGACCAAGAAGUUAUGGCUGAAGAAGCUAAUGGUGCUUACCCAUCCUACAUCACUCCUGCCAAUGCUGCUGUUACCAUGGCUACAGCAAUAGGCCUUUUGAACAAAUACUGUGCCAAGCUGCCAAGUGACACCUUCACACGUUUAACAGCCAUGUGGGAAGUAGAGAAUGAAGUUGGCAUGAGCAAAUACUGUUGCAAGAUAAUGUUGCCAAUCAAUUCACCAUUAAAGGGAACUAUUCAGGGUCCUUGGCAACAAAAAGUUUCUCUGGCGAAAAUGGCUGCGGCUCUGGAGUGCUGCCGCUGCCUUCAUCAGAUAGGGGAGUUAGAUGACCAGUUACAGCCAGUUGGAAAGGAAAGUAUGAAACUGGAUGACCAUUUGUGUGCACCUCCAGCAGAUGAUCAAGUACCUGAAGGAAUGCCUCGUCCAGGAACGACCAAGAGACGACAGUACUACUACAAAAAGGUUGCAGAAUGUUUGACGGGAGAACAACCAAAGGAAGAACUGGAUGUGUUUGUGUAUAAGUUAGAGAUGGUAUUGACCUGCCCCAUUCCAGACGAGCAGAAUACACGAGGUCGCAAGAUAUAUCGUCCAGAAAAGUCCACUCGUUCGUUUGGUAUCGUCACCACCAAGCCCAUCUCACAGGUCAGCGGUUUUCCAGUGUUCACCCGAUCAGGCGAAGUUAUUGUCCAUGUCCGUGAGAUUGGAAGCAGGGAGCAUUUCACCCAGGAUCAGCUGUUGGCCUUGCAAUGCUUCCACAAGUUUACCUUCACUCAUGUGUUGCGUCUGGAGAAGUAUCCCAUCAAGUUUGACCCAACUAAUGCCAGGACAGCUUUCUACAUUGUGCCACUCAACAAAUUUAAUGGAGUUGAGGACAUUGACUGGGAGUUUGUUACAAAGAUACAGUUGGAAGGUGACCCAAGACCAGUUCCUCCUCUUGAUUCUACAAGGAAGAAGUUCCAGUUUCAACACAGCCUCUAUGAAGAUGCUGUUGUGAUGCCUUGGUAUAGAAAUCAAGAUCAGCCCCAGUACUUCUAUGUGGCAGAAAUCUGCACUCACCUCAACCCCCAGAGUGACUUCCCAGAUGCUGGAUUUGAGACUUUUGAAAAAUAUUAUCUGACAAAAUAUGGACUUCAAAUUUGUAAUUUGUCCCAGCCUUUGCUUGAUGUUGACCAUACAUCUGGCCGUCUUAACUUACUCACACCAAGACAUGUCAACAGAAAGGGAGUUGCACUGCCCACUACCUCGGAAGAGACCAAGCGUGCUAAACGAGAGAACCUGCAGCAAAAACAAAUCUUGGUCCCUGAAUUAUGCACAAUUCAUCCCUUCCCAGCUUCCUUGUGGCGCAAAGCUGUGUGUCUGCCCACUAUUCUUUACCGCAUAAAUGCUCUUCUUCUGGCUGACCAAUUGCGGAUCUGUGUGGCUAAUGAAGUCGGUCUUGGACUUCAGAUCCUCCCUAUAGAUUUUUCUUGGCCGCCCUUGGACUUUGGCUGGAGCCUUGCUGAUGUGCUGAAGAAGAACCAAGACAACCAAGAACAGGAGGACAACUGUGAGGCCAAGGCAGAGGCAGCUGGUGCUACUAAACACACAACAAAGAAAGUAGAAUCUUUGGGUGAUGAAUCACCCCCAGCUAAGAAAAAAAUCAGCAAAAAUGGGAUUGAUAUGGAAAUAGGCACUUGGUCUAAUGAUAUGGCUUUUGAUCCCCCCACCCCACCUUACAGCAUGGAUGAUAUGAAUACCACAGAUGACUUUGAGAUUGAUACAUUUGACCCCAAUGUGGCUCUCCCAGAUAACCUGACACUGCUGGAUGGGUUUACAAAUGUUGAUGAUGAUAUCGAAGGGGAAUUAGGUGCUGAUUGGGGCACUGGAAUCACAGAGCGUAGGUCAAAAAAUGGUUGUCACAAGGACAGUAGUGGAGAGGUUUUCCGAGUUGGUUCGCCGUCAAACUUUGAAAUUGACGGGUGGGAUGUAUUUGGCGGAUCUACCGGCUCUGGUUACGGUGGAAGCUACAAUGGUUAUGGUUCCUAUGAUGCAUAUGGAGGUUAUGGAGAUUUCCAAGGUUUGGCAGAUGAUCUUGAAGGCUGUGAAUCAGAUGUUUCCUCUGAUAUGGAUGAUGAUGACAAAAGUCAGACGGAGAAGCUGUGGGAUGAGGAGGGAAGUAAGAGAAGAGCAAGUAUGGCAAUAGAUGAAGGUUCCUCUGAUGAAGAAAUUGACUUGCAGUGGCCCUAUGAGGAUGAAAGAGUCAGGUUGGAAGAAGAGGAUAAAUUCCAGCACUUCCUGAAGGAGAAGCAACUUGCCGUAUUAGAAAGCCCAUGUUAUCUGGCUGAGGAUGAACCACUCGUGAUAGAGAAGGCACACAGGAAGAUGGCAAGUGAAAAUAAAACUGCAUCACCAGGGAAGGAGAGUUUACCUGUAGGAAAAUAUGUAUUGCAAGGCUGUGAACUACUAUCUUCAAAAGGCUGUGAUAAUGCUCAACUAACUACCUCACCUGCCACUAGAAUUGUGAAUCGUGCUGAAACUCUUUCUGUUAUGAAUCUAGACAAUGGUGCUGAAUUUUCCUCUGGAAAGAACAACUCCGGUGAAACUUCCUUCAGUUUUGAUUAUCAACCAGAUCUCAUGAACCAUCCUGGCCCUCCUCCCAGUGUCAUCCUUCAAGCAUUAACAAUGUCCAAUGCAAAUGAUGGAGUUAAUCUCGAGAGGCUUGAAACAAUAGGGGAUUCUUUCCUAAAGUAUGCUAUCACCACAUUUUUGUACUGUACUUACCCACAACGUCACGAAGGAAAACUCAGUUAUCUGCGUUCCAAGCAAGUUAGUAACCUCAAUUUGUAUCGUUUGGGUAAGCGAAAGGGUUUGGGAGAGUGUAUGGUGGCGACUAAGUUUGAACCCCAUGACAACUGGUUACCUCCCGGUUAUUUUGUGCCACGUGAGUUAGAAGAGGCAUUGAUUGACUCUGGAGUCCCUGCUGGACACUGGAACAUGGCUGAUUUACCAGGCCUUCAUGAUUUAGCAAGCGAUGAAAUACGACGAUUAGUUCAAGAACGUUCCGAGCAGAUAAAGCGAAGCAAAACUGAGCAUGUUACUAGUGAACUGAUGGCCACACAAAACCCUCACGAUUUGCCCAUCUUCAUCCCAUAUAAUUUGCUCACACAACAUAGCAUCCCUGAUAAAAGUAUUGCAGAUUGUGUUGAGGCUCUAAUAGGUGCUUACCUAACCACCUGUGGUCCCCGUGGUGCUUUACUUUUCAUGUCCUGGCUCGGCAUUAAGGUGUUACCAUGUAAAGUGAAUGAAGAAUCUGGAAGGUUAAUGCAGAUUACUUAUGGUCACUUGGAACCUCCCCUGUCACCUCUUUACCGAUGUCCAAUAACAGAUACUCUGGAGCAAUUAGAAUUACUACUGAGUGGAUACUUGGUGUUUGAGGACAAAAUUGGGUACACAUUCAGAGAUCGCUCAUAUCUACUACAAGCCUUCACUCAUGCUUCAUAUUACAAGAAUCGUCUCACUGACUGCUACCAGAGGCUUGAAUUCUUAGGAGAUGCUGUUCUUGACUACCUGAUCACCCGUCACUUAUAUGAGGACAAGAGGCAACAUUCUCCUGGUGCUCUGACAGAUCUGCGUUCAGCUUUGGUUAAUAACACUAUAUUUGCCUCUUUAGCUGUAAAAUAUGACUUUCACAAGUACUUCCGCCACUUUUCACCGGGUCUGGAUCGUGUGGUGAGGGACUUUGUCAAGAUGCAGGAGGAGAAUGGUCAUAAGAUCAAUGAAGAGUAUUACUUCAUGGAGGAAGAUGAGUGUGAAGCAGCAGAAGAUAUUGAAGUUCCUAAAGCUCUGGGUGAUGUGUUUGAAAGUGUGGCUGGGGCAAUCUUCCUGGACUCCGGUGGUUCUUUAGAUGCAGUGUGGUCUGUGUACUACACCAUGAUGUGUCGUGAGAUAGAGCAGUUCAGUGGAGUAGUGCCCAAGUCUCCUAUUCGAGAAUUGUUGGAAAUGGAACCGGAGACGGCCAAGUUUGGAAAGCCAGAGCGCCUGGUAGACGGUAAGGUGAGGGUAUCGGUGGAAAUAUUUGGUAAGGGUUCGUUCUCUGGAGUCGGCCGCAAUUAUCGCAUAGCCAAAUCAACUGCAGCCAAAAGAGCAUUAAGACACCUGAAGAAGCUUCAGAUGAUGGCCAGUCAAGGAAUCUAAUUUAAAUUUAAAUAAAUUAGGGUUGUAUUUUGCACUUGUGUAAGGUGGACAUUUAAGUAUUUGUGAAUUAAUUAAAAAAAAAUAGUUUUUCUCAAUAUUAGAGAUUUAAUUUCUGAGAGGCAACUUAUUCUAUUUACAGUAUUUCUUGUCAUUUUCAGGGAAAUUACCAAGGUAUGGAAAAAUGCAUUUAGAUGGUCUAAAUUAGUUAGGAGUGUCAUAAGUGAAAAUUUUUAAAUGUGACCAUUUGGGUGAAGAAGCAAUAUGUUUCAAGUCAUAUUUCUAAUUUUAUCAUCAAGUUGUGUUAUAUAUAAAAGCAUACAAUAUUGCAAUUGGAUUAAUAUUCAAUAUUGGAUGUAAAUAACCAAGAAUUUUCAUUUUAUUCAGUCAAUGGGAUGUACUGUAGUGUACUGUACAUCCAUAAAGUACAAAAAUGCAUAAUGUGCUAGUGAAGAUUCAACAAUACAGAUGAACACUGUACUAGAGUCAAGUGCAAUUGAUGUUCUUUGCUGAUGUCCAGGAAAACCUUUUUAAGAUUUUUUUUUUUAGUACAUUUUAUUUUGCGUGGGUAAGGCUCGGCAGGGGUUAUGAUCAUCGUUCAGACACUUUUACAACUCUACAGCAAAUUAACAAGUUUAUUUUAUAUACAGUACUGUACUCUCACAGUCAUUGUUUUUCUCGAUCCCUUGCUGCCUGUGACACUAGCCAGCCCACAGCACACUUCACACUUCUAUUGAUCCACUCAGUACAGCGGACAGUUGGCUAUGCCGGUCGCUAGAAGAUAGUCCGAGUGAAUGCCAUAACAGAUACUUGAAAAAGAGGAGUUUGGAGACCUUGUAUGAAUGAGUGUGGGGGGGAGGGGUGGAGAUUCACUGCUGUUGCUCUAUUCUGUCUUGAGAGAGUAAGCACGUUCCUGGUGGUUCUUGACAUGUUUUGUGAAUAAUCCCCCCUUUUUUUUAUUAGUGGUCAUUAUAUAUUCUAAAAUGAACAUUAUUAGUACAUUGGGUUUUAUUUUCAUUGUAAUAUCCCGGUGAUUAUGACAGUUCUUUAAGGUGUAGAAUGUGUGUUCAUACCGUAAACCAUCCUCCUGGCUAAUGGAGUAUCUCCUUAGUAUCAGACUAUCUGCUGGCGACCCACUGCUAUAACUGUGCCACCAUGUUGCUGUGAUUCUUUACCUGACAUUGAGUUCAAAUAAUGUUUAUUAUCUCAUAUAAUUAUUAUAUGUUUUUUUAAGUGCAAAUUUUGUUUAUUGUGUUGUUAAAUUUUACUUAAAUGAUUAAUUACGAAAAAGUUUCUUAGGUAUUGUGUUAAGUAAUACUUACUUGUAAUAUAAACUGCCAUGGUCUAGGAUUUUAUGCAUUUAGCAAGAUAAAAGUCAACAGGUGAGACGGUUUAUUGCCACAGUGCUGAAAUUUAAUUGACUGUUGUAUGACACAUUGUGUUUCCCCUCACUGUACUGUACAUGAAUGCAAACACCAAGAGACACACAACCUUACAGAGCCUUCCUUAUAUAGUAGAAGGAAAAAUACACAAAUUUGCUGCCUUUUUUAAAAGAUGAUUAUAAUGUUUUGUUAGCUAAGGAACCUCUGGUCAUAUAAAAUGUAAAUAUCCCAUGUUUAGUCUACACUUAGCAUGGAAAAUAUUGUGGCAUCUGAUGGUUAAAAAACUUCGAAGGAUUUGUGUUAGACCUGUGGUUUAGUUAAAAAUUUUCUCUUUAACUUUGUAAUUGUUAAACGUCAUAAUCAGUAUCCACGCUUUUAUAAUUUGAUACUGUAUGGCGUACUGAUCGGCUAGUCCACAUAAUUAUGGAAAAUGGCUGUAAAACGUUGAUGAUAGUGUACGUACUAUACAUGAUUGGUGUAAUUGCAUUGUUUUAGUUAAACCGAAUUCUUACACAAAAUGUCAAUAUUGCAUGUUACACACGUGUCUUUUCUUAAUAGCGUGUAGUCAUUAAUUCUAUUCAUGUACCAUUUAUAAUUUACUAAUGAUAUUGUUUGGAAUAAUACAGUUUCCAUACAGAAUCUAGGUCUUUCAAGUACAUACUUUGCCAUCAGUGUGAACUUCCAUAACAUGUACCUUAAUGGGUUAAGCAUUACACAAAAAGAAAAAAGAAAAGGAAUAAUAAUCAGAUAAGAUGGAAUAAAGCUUGCAUAACUGUGUAUAGCAAACCCUGUAAUAGCCACCACUUAGAGAAAGAAAACCUUAAAGAAAAUCAUCUUUCAUUUGAUAUUAUUUUAACAAGAUCCACAAUAUGGUUAAUAGGAGUGAUUUAGUCUAACAAUAUCUUUGAAAGUAUCUUGUCAGCCUACAGUAUUUGUUUGCUGUGCUUCAUUCUACAUUCAAGACCAUUUGUUGAAGAACUUUUAUACUGUAUUCUCUGUAAUGUUGUUCUUUGUAAUCUAAUUCAUGGGUAACUGUACACUCACACUAGGGAACACUGUGUUGCAUCAUGGACUGAAGUGAAAGGGAAGCAUUAGUAGUCUCUCACGUUAAGAAAUACAGUACUGUAAUGUCUUGGAUAUCACUUGUUGACUGAGAAAAAGUGUUACGUAAGUGAUGAUAAAGGUUUUGUAAUUUUGGUUAUUCUUAUUACUUUUAUGGAGUAGGAGUCAGUUUUUAAAGAAGCAAGUAAAGUGCCUUUUGCAGACUCAGUUGUGCACUAGUGGUUUAUGUUUCAAUGGUUUUUUCAGACUUACUUUUCUUUUUAAGUUUAACUGUAACUAAUUCUUCGUCUUAUAUACGUAUCAUCUUAGUAUUUAAUCGAUGUACUAAUAAUAUCAGAAUGUAAAAUCAGUGACUGUACCUAGAGUUAAAUCAUGGUGUUUAAUGCUUUUAUCAGUGCGCACAAAUAUGUGACUUUUAUAAAGUAUAAGCAAGUCAUUCAGACUUAAAAUAUAAUGAGGAAAUAUUUCUCUUAACAUAACUUUACUGUUGGUUUAGUUAUAACUUGUCUUACUGUGGUUCAUGCUUUUGUAUUAUGGAAUUAAGAUGUACAGAUUGUCUUCAACAACAAUUUGAAUUACAGCUUAAAUGUAAAGAUAAAUGAUCUAUAAAAUCUUUUAUUUUAGCAGUAUGAAGAAAUUGUUUCUUGCAAAUUUAAUCAACACAUCAGCAUUUAUUUUAUUUCAUGGUCUAGUAUUGAUCUUUAAAUGAAUUUAUUCGGAAAAGGGAUAUUUCAAUACACUUAACUAUUAAAGGUCAAAUAGAAUGUUGUAAUUCUAGAAUUAAUGGUAUUUUUUGUUUUUUUU